AUGGCCCGGGCUCAGACCCCGGCAGACCCGGUUCUCCUGAAAGACACGCUGCUCUCGGGGAAGAAUCUGGUGUCCACUGUCAGAAAAGCCAACCUCAGGCAAUUCCUGAAGUGUGAGGAACAGCUGUGUGGGACCCACAAGCAGACAAAGACGAUCUUCUGUGAAGCUGACAAGAGCUUGCUCUGUUUGGUCUGCUCUCAAGGUCAGGAGCACAAGACUCACAGACAUUGUCCCGCUGAAGAGGCUGCUGAGGAAUCCUGGUUUUAUGUGUAUCGACAUGGAGACAUGAUUAGGAGAACUUAUCAGAUGGCACCCCCAUUUCUCCCAGAGGAAGAGGAUUACUAUGUAGAGAGUGUUAUAAAAGAAGGCCAACACAUAGGCAGUCAACUCAGAAGAAGGCAAGAGGAAAUAAUCAGAAAGAAGAGAGAGCUCCAAGAAAUACACAAGGAGCUCAUUCAAAUGUGCUCUAAACCAGAUGUGAAGCUGCUCCAGGAAUUGGAAGACAAACUGAAAUGGAGUGAGUCAGCACAGCUGCACGUGCCUCAGCCCCUGGUCCCUGAACUCCCUGCGCGACCCAUGUCCGGGCUGAUGGACUGGCUCAACCGCUUCCGAGUUACCUUUUCAUUCAAUAAUGAAGUAAGCAGUCAGCACAUCAGGCUGUUCGAUGAUGCAAGGCGUUUGACGUAUGAACAUCCCAGCCUCCAUGCAUCUUUGGAUGGUGGAACAUCCAAGUAUUUUGCUGCAUGGGGAGACCAGAGCUUCACCUCUGGCAAACAGUACUGGGAGAUGCUCGUGGACAGCUCUUGGGACUGGGCUGUAGGCGUCUGUAAGGAUUCCUGGAUAAGGAAGGACGACGGCAUACUGGAUGAGUCCAACAGAGACAACUUUCUUCUUGCGUGUGUGAAGCAGGAUGACCAUUACCAACUCUGGACCACCGCCCCGACCACGCCUCUGUACAUAGAGAGACCUCUGGACAGGGUUGGGGUGUUCCUUGAUUGUGACAGUGGGAGUAUAAGUUUUGUGGAUGUUGCCAAGCGUUGCCUCCUUUGGAGAUACGAUGAUGGCGUGUGCACUUUCCCUGUCAGGCCCUUCAUCUGCACUGGCCACAGAUGA